CCUUUUCUACAAGUAGAUCUUGGUAGCGAGAAGUUCGUCACCAAGGUGUCCACCCAAGGAGAUACGUUUUAUGGUUGGGUGACGAAGUACAAACUUAAGGCCCUGAAAGGCGGUUCAUGGUCAUGGUACCGAAAUUCAUUGGAUGAGAUACGGUACUUCGACGGAAACUAUGACAGGAAUACAGUGGUAUCGCACCAUUUGCUCCCGUCUGUACAAACUAGAUAUAUUCGAAUCUACCCUGUAAAAGUCAAUAUUGAUAACUAUGGGGGUCUCCGUGUCGACUUCUUCGGCUGCCCAAUCGACCCUGUGAUAAGUAACAAGACCGAAUGCGGUAUGCCUCUGGGUAUUCAAAACGGCAGAAUUACCGACGCGGCCAUCACAGCCUCCUCGUCCCAGGACACCGCUCAUCGAGCGCGGCUACAUACAGUCGGAGAACAUGGAAAACCUGGCGCUUGGGUUGCAGGAGUUGCCGAUUUAUGUCAGUGGCUUCAGAUUGACUUUGGUGGUGUCGCUAUGGUAACACGCAUAGCAACACAGGGCAGAUUCGAGGCGGAGUAUGAGCUGAGGAUGCAAAUGCAGCACUGGGUGACAAGUUUUAAGGUGUCCUUCAGCCAGCUGGGAAGAGCUUACCAGUGGUAUAAAGUUAACGGUUCGAUCAUGGUAAGUAAGUGGAGGAAGUAAU